AGAGAGAGAGAGAGAGAGAGAGAGAGAGAGGUUCCACUCGUCUUGUGUCGGUGACGUCAUCGCCGUUUCUUCAGGUUAUGGCGGAGCUGAACUCUUCAAACUUUCUCUGACGCGAGUGUGAGAGGGCAUCGAGAUGGAGCAGCUGCAGGGAGUGUGGAGAAGCGUCACCAACGGUCUGGGCACCAGGGAGUGUGUGUCUACGAGCCCGUGUCCUCAGCGGCCGUCCUCAGACGAGCCCAGAGCCAGCCGGACCAUCCGCGUGUUCCUGCCCAACCAGCAGAGGACAGUGGUGAGUGUGCGGGCCGGCGUGACGCUGCACAGUUGCCUGAUCAAGGCGCUGAAGGUGCGAGGGCUCCAGCCGGAGUGCUGCGCGGUCUUCAGUCUGCACCCCGGACACCGCAGCAAGAAGUCUCGUAUGGACUGGAGCACAGACUCUACCUCGCUCAUCGGGGAGGAGCUUCUGGUGGAGGUUUUAGACCAUGUCCCCUUAACCACACACAACUUUGUUCGAAAAACAUUUCUGAAAUUGGCUUUCUGCGACAUAUGCCAGAAGUUCCUGUUAAACGGUUUCCGGUGCCAAACGUGUGGCUACAAGUUCCACGAGCACUGCAGCACAAGAGUGCCCACAAUGUGUGUAGACUGGACCAACAUCAGACAACUGCUAUUGUUUCCCAGUCCGGGUGAAAGUGGGACUCCGUCUCUACCGACUCUCACAUCUCGCAGAAUGAGGGAAUCCCUGACUCGAAACAGUUACUCCAGCCCUUCAGCUCUGACGCCCAGACUGCGCUCCACCUCCACACCCAACGUCAACAUGCUCAGCACAACCCUGCCCAUACACACCAGCCAGAUCCAGCCAGACACGUCUGCGAGCUCCUGGGGCCAUCAGCAGUGUUGUCUGAAGAGAAGAGAUGCCAUGCGCGUUCAUCACAGCUCAGCUGGCGGUUCUCCGGCUCAGAGCCCCACGGCCCGGACCCAGCCCGCCGUCCCCAGCACUGAACGCACGCCGGAGAAGCUCACCAUCCGGCCGCGGGAUAAGAGAGACUCCAGCUAUUACUGGGAGAUCGAGGCUAGCGAGGUGAUGCUGCUGAGUCGCAUCGGCUCCGGCUCCUUCGGGACCGUGUAUAAAGGGAAAUGGCACGGAGACGUGGCCGUGAAGAUACUGAAGGUCACCAACCCCACCCCGGAGCAGUUCCAGGCCUUCCGCAACGAGGUGGCCGUUCUCAGGAAAACCCGACACGUCAACAUCCUACUGUUCAUGGGCUACAUGACGAAAGACAACCUUGCGAUAGUAACGCAGUGGUGUGAAGGCAGCAGUCUCUAUAAACACCUCCACGUGCAAGAGACCAACUUCCAGAUGUUCCAGCUGAUGGAUAUCGCGAGACAGACCGCUCAGGGCAUGGACUAUCUACACGCUAAAAACAUCAUCCACCGUGACAUGAAGUCAAACAACAUCUUCUUACACGAAGGGCUGGCGGUGAAGAUCGGGGACUUUGGGCUGGCCACGGUGAAGGCCCGGUGGACCGGUUCUCAGCAGGUGGAACAGCCGUCGGGGUCCAUUCUGUGGAUGGCCCCCGAGGUCAUCCGAAUGCAGGACAACAACCCGUACAGCUUCCAGUCGGAUGUGUAUUCCUACGGCAUGGUGCUGUUCGAGUUGAUGACCGGAGAGCUGCCCUACUCGCAGAUAGCCAACCGAGACCAGAUCAUUUUCAUGGUCGGUCGGGGAUAUCUGUCCCCAGACCUCAGUAAGCUGUAUAAGAGAUGUCCCAAGGCCAUGAAGAGACUGGUGGCCGACUGCAUCAAGAAGUGCAAGGACGAGCGGCCUCUCUUCCCUCAGAUCCUGUCCUCCAUUGAGCUCCUGCAACACUCACUACCCAAGAUCAACCGCAGCACGUCUGAACCCUCUCUGCACCGAGCGUCCCACGGCGAGGACAUCAGGACAGUGGCUUGAAGACUUCAGAUGCUCUCACAAUCAAGGCUGUUUUCUGGGACAGAUGCAGGGACUUUUAGAAAAUAAGAAAUUUGCUACAAUCCCUAAUUUUUAUGUGUCUGAAAAGAUGUUGCCCUAAUGCUCAAAGAGUGAAGAUGUUUAUAUACGGUAUUAUGUACACACAAAGAGCUUCAUAAUUUAGUCAGUAUUGAGUUGCCAUUGAGUGGUGUUCAAGGCGCGACUUGAGAUCAGUUUUGUGAUGUCAAGUAUUUUGAAGGUGUUCUUGAUAUGUAUAGAGUACAUACUGUUAAUCAAUUGUUUUAAUAAAAUUAAGUUAAAUGCCCUUUUCUAUCACUGUA